UCCCCUGUAUGUUUUUGUUGGGGGAAAAGUUGUCGGGAGUCGGGUCGUGUGAAUGUGGCGUGUCCGUCGGUUUUCGCCCUCGGUAGCGGAGGGAAUGUGACUCGGUUGCGUUUGCGAAGAGGGUGAAAGCGAGCUCGCCAGCGGGGGUUUUUGUUUUUUGGGGCUUUGGGCGGUUUGGCUCCGGCUGGGAAAAAAAAUCUCAGUGGCCAUCAUCGUUUCACCUCGUUAGCCACCUAGCUAGCUCCGCUGCUAGCUAACUCCGCAACAAAGUUAGGGCUACCUCGCCUCACGGUGCGGCUCCUCUCGAAAAACUUCCAGGUUGUGGGGAUAAAAAAGCAAACGCAGAGAUGGCGGAAACCAAAAUAAUUUAUCAUAUCGACGAAGAGGAGACGCCGUACUUGGUGAAGAUACCCAUAGCUGCCGAAAACAUCACUUUGCUGGAUUUUAAACAAGUGUUGAACAAGCCGAACUACAAAUUCUUCUUCAAGUCUAUGGACCAAGACUUUGGGGUCGUGAAGGAAGAGAUUUCUGAUGAGGGCGCCAAGUUGCCUUGUUUUAAUGGCAGAGUGGUGUCGUGGUUGGUAUCUUCAGACACUCCAGCUGUUGAGCCCCCAGUGGCUGUGGUCCCCCCAGUGGAAACACCCACCCAGCCUUCACCACCUCCUCCACCUUUGCCCCCCCCACCUGCUGAGAGGACUGGUGGCAUUGGGGACUCCAGACCGCCCUCCUUCCACCCCAAUGCGACGGGCAGCGUGGAGACUUUGGACGACCAGACCGAAACCGAGUCUGUAGUGUCCUUCAGACGGGAGAGGCCCCGGCACAGAGACAGCAUGGACCAACAUGGGCCACGAAUAAACGGGCAGAGUCGCCUGGAGCGCCACCUGGCAGGUUACGAAAGCUCCAGCACAGUGAUGAGCAGCGAGUUGGACACCACCAGUUUCUGCGACUCAGAGGACGACGACACCAUGAGCAGGUUCAGCAGCGCCACAGAGCAGAGCACAGCCUCCAGGCUCCUGAAACGCCACCGCCGGCGGAGGAAACAGCGCCCCCCGCGUCUGGAGAGGGCGUCGUCUUUCAGCAGCGUGACUGAUUCCACCAUGUCCCUGAACAUCAUCACCGUCACUCUGAACAUGGAGAAGUACAACUUCCUGGGCAUCAGCAUCGUUGGUCAGAGCAACGAGCGAGGCGACGGGGGGAUCUACAUCGGCUCCAUCAUGAAGGGGGGGGCCGUGGCCGCAGACGGGCGCAUCGAACCCGGGGACAUGCUGCUGCAGGUGAACGACAUCAACUUCGAGAACAUGAGUAAUGACGACGCGGUGCGAGUUCUCAGAGAGAUCGUACACAAGCCAGGGCCCAUCAUCCUGACGGUGGCCAAAUGCUGGGACCCCUCUCCGCAGGGCUACUUCACCCUGCCUCGCAACGAACCUAUCAGGCCCAUCGACCCGGCGGCGUGGGUCAGUCACUCCGUGGCCAUGACCGGGGCCUACCCGCCCUACCCAGGCAGCUCCUCGCUCAGCACCAUCACCUCCUCCUCCUCUGUCACCGAAACCGAACGUUUCGAUGACUUUAACUUGUCUCUGCACUCUGACAUGGCGUCGGUAGCCAAAGCUAUGGCCUCACCGGAGUCUGGGCUGGAGGUCAGAGACCGCAUGUGGCUGAAAAUCACCAUCCCCAACGCCUUCCUCGGCUCCGACGUGGUGGAGUGGCUGUUCCACCACAUCGAGGGAUUCCAGGACCGCCGGGAAGCCAGGAAGUACGCCAGCAACCUUCUGAAGGCCGGCUUCAUUCGACACACGGUCAACAAGAUCACCUUCUCCGAACAAUGCUACUACGUGUUUGGAGACUUGAGCGACUGUGAGAACUACAUGGCCAAUCUGUCCCUGAACGACAACGAUGGCUCCAGUGGAGCCUCGGACCAGGACACCCUGGCCCCCCUUCCCAUCCCGGGCACCUCCCCCUGGCCCAUGAUGCACACCUUCCCGUACCAGCCCUACCCCACGCACCCCUACUCCAGCCAGCCGCCGCCCUACCACGAGCUCACCAGCUACAGCUACACCCCCGGCAGCACCGGCAGCCAGCACAGCGAAGGGAGCCGGAGCAGCGGCUCGACGAGGAGCGAGGGCGAGCGGCACCGCAGCAGCAAAGGGCCCGGCAGCACCGUGGGCGGGGGGGAGAAGUCCCCCUCGGCCGCGGGCGGGGACGGCGGCGGCGGCGGCGGCGGGGGGGCCGACUCCCGCUCGGGCAGCGGGAGCGAAUCGGAGUACUCCACCCGCAGCAGCCUGCGGCGCGGCCACGGCUCGGCGGCGCCCAGCGAGCACAGCCACGCCUCCUCGCAGCGCUCGCACCACCACCGCCUGCCGCAGCCCCCCCACAUGUCCCCCUACCCCCCCGGCAUCCUGCCCUACAACCCCAUGAUGGUGAUGAUGGUGCCCCAGCACCCGCACCCGGCCAUGGCCGCCGCCCACGCCCUCCCACACACGCAGCAGCUGCCCACGGCGCCCAUGCACCCGGCGCUCCCCCCGCCCCCCUCCUCCACCCCGGGGGGGCCGCCGGGGGCGCCGCCCACCCGCGACCUGGGCUCGGUGCCCCCCGAGCUGACCGCCUCGCGGCAGUCCUUCCACCUGGCCAUGGGCAACCCCAGCGAGUUCUUUGUGGACGUGAUGUAG